AUGCAAAUGCUUUUGUACUUGUCAGGUGCUGCAGCGCUGGCAGGCGCUGGGGCAGCGCGAGCCCGGAACAGCAAGACAAGCAAGACUGCUCGCCGAGCGAAUCUUGUCGCAACGCGCCCCGACCAGGCCAUUCCAUGGUGGGACCGGAUGUCUAGGCCGACCAUCGAGCCCGGCAUCGGCAUCUGGGCCGAGAAGCUCAACAUGACAACUAUUUUUGAGGAGGAGGAGGGGAAUGUUCGGACCGUGCCCGCCACGAUCUUGUGCGUAAAGCGCGGUGGCAACAUGAUCACCGACAAGAAAUGGCCCGAGAAGCAUGGCCACUAUUCUGUGCAAGUUGGCUACGAGCGGUACACCCCUGACGAGAAGGAGAAGAAUAGCAAGAAGGCGAUACAGAUUAAGCGCCUGGCGCGCAAUGAGUGCCCACCUUUGAGAAAGAUCAAGGACUUCCGCAUCAGGCCCCAAGACUGGGUGAAGUGGGAGGUCGGACAGAAGGUAUGGCCAUCAGACUUCCUCGAAGAGGGUGACACAGUGGACGUGCACGGCUGGGCGAAAGGAAAGGGCUUUGCAGGAAGGAUCAAGAGAUGGGGCGGCAAGCGCGGUCCCAUGACGCAUGGUUCCAAGCACCACAGGAGAGAAGGUUCCAUCGGAGCCGCUCGCCCCAAGCGUGUCUUACCUGGCAAGAAAAGGGCCGGCUGGAUGGGUGUCUGCAAGAGCAUCGCCCACAACCUCAAGGUGCUGAAGAUCAUGGAUCGCAUCGACGAGGACAACAUGCCCGAGUCCAUUAUCGUGGUCAAGGGCUCCGUGCCGGGCUACACCGCGCACUGGGAGAGCGGCGGCUCCUACGUCUGGCUGCACAAGUCCAAGAAUCGGCAUGACGGCCGCUUCAAGCGGGACCCGGUCUGGCUUUGGUACUACCACAAGGGCGAGGACGUGGAUCCCUUAGUGCCCAUCCAGGACAAGGCCUGGACAUGGAAGACCAUGUUCGGCCGUGACAUUCGCUGGAUCACCCACGAAGUCAAGAAGCACUGGCCGGACGGAUUCCCUGGGUAUGACCACAUCAUGGAUCCUUUCUAUGACGACUGCGACCCACACAUCGCGCUGAAAGCCUCGGUCGCGGACUCCUCGGUUGCGGACUCCUGGCUGCAGGUGCAUCAUGGGCUCGGUCGAGCCCACCGACGCACCGCCUUCUUUCUGGAGCCAAGCAGCUUCAAGAAGUAUAUGUACGAGGCAGACGAAGGUCCCAUCAAGCCGCCUGUCAUCCCAAAGGGCCCGGUCGUAGACCAAAGUGGCAAGGUUUCUGGGCAGACAACUCUUGAGAAGACCAAUGGGCAAACGCCAGAAAGCAAGGAGCUGGACCGAGUACCUCUCGGUGCAAAGGCACCACCGGGAGAAUUUCCUCCACCGAAAGGCCCAGACAGGAUACCUCGCAGCGAUGGGCCCGUCGAGCACAAGCUUGACAAGGAAGCUGACAAGGCUGAAAAGGAGGUGGAGGAUGAACUGGCUGACAUGGAGGAUGCGGACGAGAGCGACUUGAAGACCGAGGAAGCGAAUAUGGUGGAGGACGAUGGAGGCAGCUGA